AUGAAGCUCCCCACGGGCACGCGGCCCACGCGUACAGCGCGCAAGCGCAAAGUAGCGUCGCGCGUGCGUCAGGUGGACGCGACAGCGCUGGCGGCGGCGCGGCGGCGGCGUCUGGACGCGCUAGAGAACGACAACCACGCGGCGGAGCAGGAGACUGCGGCGCUGGCGGGCGAGGACGAAUACGACCCUGACGCGGACUCGGAUGACGCGCUAGUGGGGGGGCGCGCGUCGAAGAAGCGCGUAGCGAAGCGUGCGCGCAGCUCGCGCGGCGCUCGCGGCGCGCGCGGCGCCCCGGCCCGGUCCGCCAAGCCCAAGAGGAACGGCAAGCGCAACAUACAGCGCUGGAAUAAGACCCUCGCACAGGCGCUCGAGGAGGAGACCCCCGCCAGCAGGCCCGGCGGCAUGGUGGCGUAUGACGAGAUUGAGGCGCGGCGCAGUCAAAGGCCUAGCAGGCCGUUUUGUUCCGUGUGCGGGUUUCGAGCGGCGUAUACCUGUACAAGGUGCUUGGUUAGGUUUUGCUCGGUGCCGUGCGGGAACUUGCAUAAUGAGACAAGGUGCCUGAAGUUUACCGCGUAG